AUGUCGGAAGUUAGUCCUUCUAUUGCAGGCCCAGCACCAGCAGUUCCUCCACAGCCGGAGCAGUCUCAGAGGCCUCCCAAGAGGAGGAGGAUGAUUCCCAGAGCAGAUGAUACAGUCAUCCAGUUGGCCGACCCAACGGAGGUUUCCUCCAGUCAGCCACCGGAUGUAUCUCAGGAGCCUGUCCAGGUUCAGGCCCAGGUCCCGGCAGCAGAGCAGCAGGACACAUGGAACCAUUGUCCAAGGCAAAGUGGAAGCGAAGAAGGCGGCGUACCUGCGAUUAGAGGGAGCAUUGGCGAGGAGGAAAGGAGAGCAAACAGUGAGAGAUAUAAGGUAGCAAGGAAGGAGGCGAAGCUGGCAGUCUGGGAGGCUAAGACUGCGACUUUUGCUCGUCUGUAUGAGGAACAAGGGGACAAAGGCGGGGAGAAGAAGUUAUUCCGGCUGGCUAAGGCGAGAGAGAGGAGGGAUCAGGAUCUGGACCAAGUGAGGUGCAUCAAAGAUGAGGACGGCAAAGUUUUGACGGGGGAUGACCAGAUUAAGAGGAGGUGGCAGACCUACUUUCAGAAACUUCUAAAUGAAGUAAGGGAUCAGGAUAUUGCUCUAGGUGAAUUGAGGAAUGCAGGAAGUCCCCAAGACUUUAGUUAUUGUAGGCCCAUUGAGGUCGAGGAGGUCAUGGAGGCAAUGCAUAAGAUGAGUAGGGGCAGAGCUACCGGGCCUGACGAAAUUCCGGUUGAACUUUGGAGGUAUGUGGGUAGAGCAGGCUUGGAAUGGCUUACUGGGCUAUUUAAUGGUAUAUUCGAGACGAAUAGGAUGCCGGAGGAGUAG